AUGCUUCGUCUACCGACCGGAACACGUCGAAACUGCCUCGCUCUGUUAAGAGCUGCUGGCAGGCCACAGCCACAGAGGCUACGACAUCAGAAUGGAUUGUUAUCGGUACGAUCUGCGUCGACUGUGACGGAUCUCAACAACUACCCAUCCGUAGGGGAGAAGCUCCAUGGGUUUACAGUGAGGGAGAAGAAGCAUGUUCCGGAAUUGCACUUAUCUGCUGUUCUGUUAAGACACGACAAGACAGAUGCAGAUUACCUCCAUGUGGCCAGGGAUGAUAAGAACAAUGUUUUUGGCAUUGGAUUCAAGACGAAUCCUCCUGACGCCACCGGAGUGCCUCAUAUUCUCGAACAUACAACAUUAUGUGGAAGUAAGAAAUAUCCCGUGAGGGACCCUUUCUUCAAGAUGCUUCCUCGAUCUCUUUCCAAUUUUAUGAACGCCUUUACCUCUUCAGAUCAUACGACUUACCCCUUUGCUACGACGAAUAAACAAGACUUCCAAAACUUGCUGUCUGUCUAUCUUGACGCCACACUUCAUCCUCUAUUGAAAGAAGAAGAUUUCAGACAAGAAGGAUGGAGACUUGGGCCGGAAAACCCCCGAGUUGCAGAAGGACCAGAGACAAAGGAUACCAAGCUCGAAGAUAUCGUUUUCAAAGGCGUCGUCUACAAUGAGAUGAAAGGACAGAUGUCCGAUGCGAACUACCUUUACUACAUUCGAUUUAAAGAGAGCAUAUUCCCGGCCAUCAAUAAUUCCGGCGGUGACCCUCACUUUAUUACGGACUUGACGCACCAACAAUUAGUCGAGUUUUCCGAAAAGAACUAUCACCCUAGCAAUGCUAAGAUAUUUACAUACGGUGAUAUGACUUUAGCCGAUCACCUGCAGCAAGUUGGAAGCGUGCUGGACGGAUUUGAUAAAGGAGUAGCAGACAAUGAUGUACGGCUACCAAGAGACCUUAGCGAAGGUCCCAUAGAAGUCACCGUCCCGGGCCCUAUUGAUUCAUUCACAAGCGAAGAUCGACAAUACAAAAGUUCGAAUUCGUGGCUUAUGGGUGACACUACUGAUAUUGUGGAAACUUUUUCGGCGGGAAUCUUGUCGUCAUUACUGCUCGAUGGCUAUGGUUCUCCCAUGUACCGAGCCUUGAUUGAGAGUGAGCUCGGUUCAUCCUUCACUCCCAACACCGGCCUUGAUCCAUCUUCCAAAAAGCCAAUAUUCUCUGUCGGUGUUAAUGGUGUUCGCGAGGAAGACUUGCCUAAAGUGAGUGAAGCCAUUUGUAACAUAUUCCGCGAAUCUGUAUCAAAUGGAUUCAGUGACGAGAAGGUCCAAGGCUUUCUUCAUCAACUGGAACUUUCGUUAAGACACAAAACCGCAAAUUUCGGUAUUGGGGUUAUGGAGAAAACCAUAUCUUCGUGGUUCAAUGGUAGCGACCCAAUGAAGGAACUUGCCUGGAACGAUGUUAUCAACGAGUUCAAAGAACGAUAUUCUAAGGGCGGGUAUCUUGAGUCUUUGGUGGAGAAGUAUCUUCUCAAAGAUAACUAUAUGAAGUUCACGAUGGUAGGCUCGCCAUCUUUUAAUAAGGAGCUUGAUGAGCAAGAAAAGGUGCGGAAGUAUUCCAAACUUUCCGAGCUGAUUUCCGAACAUGGCUCGACGGAACGAGCAGUCGCUGAAUUGGAUAAUGUGGAACUGGAAUUGUUGAAAAUUCAGGAGGACGCGCAACUCGCUGAUGUGAGUUGUUUGCCAUCUGUCCACGUCAGUGAUAUUUCAAGAGAAAAAGAACGCAAGCCUGUUCGAGAAGCUACAGUUGACGGUGUCGAAGUUAUGUGGCGUGAGGCGCCAACCAAUGGUUUGACAUACUUUCAAGCUUUGAAUCCUUUUGACGAUUUGCCAAACGAUCUUCGUCUCUUGGUGCCACUUUUCAAUGACUGUGUCAUGCGCCUUGGUACUUCUGGCAGAAAUAUGGAACAAUGGGAAGACUUGAUCAAACUCAAGACGGGCGGCGUCACUACGUCAUCCUAUUUGGUCUCUUCACCAAGUCAGCUAGGCAAGUUUAGCGAAGGACUUCAAUUCACUGGAUUUGCCUUGGAUAAAAACAUCCCUGUCAUGCUAGAGACUAUUCACGCUCUUGUGGCGGAGACUGAUUUUUCAAGCCAAGCAGCUCCGCGCAUGAUUAUGGAGUUGUUACGCUCCACAACGAACGGCGCGCUGGAUGCAGUUGCUGGUACUGGCCAUCGUUUCGCAGUUAAUGCUGCUGCUGCAGCAUUAAACGAGAGUUUCUGGGUUCAAGAGCAGCACUCUGGGUUGACUCAAUUACAGGCCACGGCUGAUCUGCUUUUUGAUGCUGCAAACUCUCCGCAACGUCUGCAAGAACUGAUUGAAAAACUCCGCCUAAUCCAGAGCUUUGCCAUAUCCAGAACAUCGAAUAUGCGUGUUCGCAUGGUUUGCGAAGCUAGCAGCGCUGCAGAGAACGAAGUUGCUUUGCAAAAGUGGUUGGCAGGUCUUCCGAAACCUGUAGCAGUACCUCGCUCAGACAGCAAGGUGCAACUUCCCAGCAACCCUGGAAAAGUUCUCUAUGAUAUGCCCUACAAGGUCUACUACUCUGGUCUUGCUAUGGAAACAGUGCCUUUUAUUGAUCCCGCUAGUGCUCCAUUGAGCGUCCUGUCCCAGCUGUUGACUCACAAGUAUCUGCACCCAGAGAUUCGUGAAAAGGGUGGCGCUUAUGGUGCCGGGGCUAGCAACGGUCCUAUCAAAGGUGUCUUCACACUGUCCAGCUACCGAGACCCCAACCCAAGCAACACCUUGAAUGUUUUCCAGAAAGCUGGCACUUUUGCUCGGGACCGCUCUUGGACGGAUCGGGACCUGGAAGAGGCCAAAUUGAGUAUCUUCCAAGGUCUUGAUGCCCCAACUAGCGUCGACGACGAGGGCGCGCGUUAUUUCAUGAGUGGUGUUACUCACGAAAUGGACCAACGCUGGAGAGAGCAAGUCCUGGACGUGACGGCGAAACAGGUUAAUGAGGUUGCGCAGAAGUAUCUCGUUGACGCACCUCGCCAGGCAUUGUGUGUGCUAGGUGAGAAGAAAGAGUUUUCUGACUCAAACGAAUGGGCUGUGAAGAAGCUGUCGCUACAGUCACAGGAACCAGAGGUGGACGCUGUUGAAAACGCCGCAGCCACAGCUUAG